AAUUUUGCUAUCGCAGCCCAGGCAUUACAAGUCAGGUGGCCAGGCGUCCCUAGCAACCGCCCUAGCAACCACACCGAAACGAUACACACACGUAUCAGCGGGUAAGCUCACAAUUCUGUUACACUGCUGUAUGGAAACACGUGUGUGGUGCAACUAACGGUGUUUUUUCUGAAGCAAGAAAAGAGAGCAAUUGAUCGUGAACGCUGGCCAAAUCAACGUCUUUGAGCGGAUGGUGAUGAAAACCCACACCAUGUAUUGUAUAUGCGAAGAGGCAAAUGUAUACCGUGCGGCCUAGAGUUUGGUUAAUGGUUUCAUGGUAAAAGGGUUGCGAUGUCUCGAGAAACGGUCAGCUUCAACCAGUCCGGCCGACGCCCGUGUGCGCUGACGAAGGAAGUCUUACAUCCCGCACGGGCUGUUACGUCAUCACCCUCACCUUCUCUCAGCCGACUCAGAUUGGUGAAAUAACGUUUCGGAAUUACUACACAUGGGGCGUUGGUGUGCACGUUCUGCGGGCGGCCACCUCUUCCCCGUCGAACAUGGGCGGCAUUGUAGGCGCCGGCCUUUUAGGGAACGAUGCAGGAUCUGAAGCCGCAUGGGCGUGGAAGGACCCUUCGGCGUGGCAGGUGGGCGUGAAGAAUAAAGUGAUUAUGCCUCAUCCACAUACUGAGACUGCCAGCCAUGACUUCGUGUCCGUAACUUGCCUCGAGAGCCGCGUGGACUGGCAGGAUGUGAUCGGUAUGAGACUGAUUCUCCGACAGCCUUCGCCGGUGUGGAGGACCUUCUUCAUCGAAGAGAUCACGGCCUACAGGGAGCUGCCGCGCCUUCUCCCCUUCAGCGUCCCCAUCAUCAACCAGGAUGGUCAGGGAGAGAAGCCUCAGCCCACGCCCCUGGACCGCCUGAUUCAGCAGACUCGUCGAGCCAUGCGCAUCCCCGAUGAAGAUUCGCUGGAGGGUGGCCUGACGGGUGGCGGAUACGAGCUGGUUGCUCUCCAGUACACCUAAUGCCAGGUUGCGGCCGGAUGUAAGCUGGGUGAUCUGAAGGACAUUGAAAGGAAUUUUAAUUUUCCGACGAGCGAAAGAUAACAGAUCUGUUGCUGCUACAUUGUUCAUCGAAAAGGAUACACUGAACCUAAUGUUGACUUGCAAUAAAAGGUUGAACCUU